ACUUCCAUGUCCCAGACCCAGGUCAAGCAGGAUCCUGAAUUCUUCCCACCCCUGCCGGUCAAGGAAACGCUCCGCCAAAAGGCCAAGGAGGGCUCUGAUCUUCGGAACCCCCGGGAUCACCCUUACUACUCCCUGCCUACUCACAAUGAUGGAAAGUACUACUGCCCCUUCGCCAACGGAGAGAAGCCCUGCAACCACCCCCCGACUACCCAGAAGUGCGCCUAUCACAAAUACUUGGACUCCCACUUGAAGCCAUACCGCUGCAAGGUGGCCGCCUGCAUGGAUGCUCAGCUGCAGUUCUCUUCGAACGCAUGCCUUUUCCGCCACGAGCGCGAAGCCCAUGGAUUCCACGGUCACGGAGACAACCCCCACCUGUGCCUGUUUGAGGGUUGUGACAGGUCGGUUCCUGGUUACGGAUUCCCCCGCAGAUGGAAUCUGUUCGACCACAUGCGACGUGUGCACGACUUUGCCUCUUCUGACAGGCACAGCUCCCCGGAUGCUUCCCCCACUACUGGACCGGCCAAGAAGAAGGAGACGGGCGGACGCAAGCGCAGAGUUGCUGGUGUCACUGGAGCCCCCACCAUGAAGCGCACUCGUUCCACCCAGUCCCAGACCAACCCUCUCAAGGCUGCCCAGCAGACUUCUGCUCAUCACAACCAGAGACUCCAGAAUGCGGAGAGAAACUACUACAACUGCCGGUCCCGGCUGCUCGAGGAACUCACCAACAUCACGCCCCAGGAUUCUUCCAUGCAUGAGAAGGUCAAUGCCAGCCUUCAGGAGCUCAUUACACUUGGACUUAACUACCGCCACAUUGAAGCCAGCCAGGCUGCGGCCCAGAUCGCUCACGGCCUUCCUGCUUGA